AUGCUUGAAAUUCCAGAGAUUGAUAAAAAAGGGAAAAUAUGUACUAUCGUUUACGCUCUAGCACAUGGCCGAACGGAGAUUGGAAACGCCGAUAACGAUCCUACCAAGUAUUCUGAAGCAGAACUUACAAAUGGAAAAUUAUCACCAAAGCCUGAAGUAGAGAAACCCAACCGCGGAGCAAGAAAACUUAACACAGCAGCAAAACCGGAAUCUGUUCCUAGUGGACCAAGAUGGCCAAAGAGAGGAACUAUGGAAAUAAAGGAAAGUACUGAAACAAGUAACUUAGAUCUAGGGAGAUACUCUUCUCCAGGCAUAUUCUUCCUUUAUGAAGAAAUUCCUUUGGCGUUUAUCGAUAUUCUACAAGUAUAA